AUGUCAUUAGAACCAGAAUUCGACCCGGAGGAGGACUCCCUCUCCCUCGACCACGCCCACAUCCUCCUCACCUCCUUCAACUCCUUCCUCACCGUCGCCAUCCACAACAUCCUCUACUACCGCGGAAUCUACCCCCCCUCAACCUUCCUCUCCACCAAAGCCUUCAACCUCCCCGUCCACCAAAACCGCCAUCCCAAAGUCUGCGCCUGGAUCCGCGACGCCGUCGAAGCGGUGAGCGCCCAGCUCUCCUCCGGCCACGUCUCCCGCGUCGCCAUCGUCAUCCACUCCCCCCCAGAACCCAUCACCCCACUGUCCUCUCAUCAUCAUCCAACUUCAUCCCCUUCCCCAUUCACCCCCUCCCAGCCUCGAACCCGCACCCCCAAGGCCAAUGAGGAGGACAAAACCAAACCCAAGAACCAAACCAACCCCUACCCACCCCCCGGCACAGUCCUCGAGCGCUGGCUAAUCGACACCUCCCACUUCCCCGCCUGGCCCGUCCUCGACUCUACCAACCCCAACCCCACCACAGCCGACACCGCCCGCGCCAUGCAGGACUUUGCCCGCGUGCUGGCGCGCGACUCACGACACGAAGAAGCCCGUGAGCGGCACCUGGCUGAGGACCCGCUCAACCCGACGCUGCAGUGGCCGGAUUUGGACGAGCAAUUGCGUGGGGCGCUGAGGAGGAUGGCGAGUGUGGCUGAGGGGAUGGGGCCGGCAGCCGUGGAUGGGUGUACGUUUACUGUGGCGGUGGAGUUGGGUGAGGAAGGGAGAGCACCGAUCGGGCACCCCCAAGCAUGGAUCCCAUCAGAACCAAAUCUCCAACCCCAGAGCAAGGCGAAAGAUGGGCUACGUGAAGUCCGAACCCGGCCAGUCCGGACUGUGGAGGCCGGGCCGUUGUUCUUCGAGUGCUGGGUAGAGGAGAGCAAGGUAAAAGAGACCCUAAGGAAGAAAGCGGCAGCGCUAGAGCAGGAAACAGGGACUCCUGGGUCGACGCAGCCCGUUUAA